AAAACUUGGCGUCAGAUGGCUGGAUCAGGUCCAGUGCCAUGGCGGCAAGCACCCAGUGUAUUCAGUUCUUCGGCUGCCCAAUCUGACUUGCAACCAAGGAUGCCUUUUGAAGUUCACAUACCAAGUGGCAUUGAUAGACUUGUUAGCAGUGAGCGACCAUCUGCCUCUUCUUUGGAGAAGAAGAAAGUAGAUGAUUCAUCUGCAAGAUUAAUGAAUGGUACCCUGAAGCUUGGUACAUCCGAAACACUUGAAAAUGGGAAUGCAGGAAUCAACUGUGGUGAGCAAGCUAAUCCAUGUGUAAAUGUUCCUCAGAAAUUGACCUUCUCAAAAAAUGACACUUCUGGUUCACACUAUAGUUUGGCUGUAUCUUCUGUGCCACCAAAUGUUGCAAAUGAUCAAACAAAGGCUUCUGGCACUCAUGCACCACGACCAACUCCUCCACCGCUAAUUGGGAAGCAGUUCUGUGGGCAUGAUGGAGCCGACUCCUCUGGGGAAACUCAGAUACGAAAUAGAAGGCCUCGAGGUGAUGCCCGAUCACGAAAUCAGUUACUUCCCCGGUACUGGCCCAGGAUAACUGAUCAAGAGCUCCAGCAAAUCUCUGGAGAUUCAAAUUCUGUAAUUACUCCUUUAUUUGAGAAGAUGUUAAGUGCCAGUGAUGCUGGGAGGAUAGGGCGCUUAGUGCUUCCAAAAAAAUGCGCAGAGGCUUACUUUCCGCCAAUUUCUCAGCCAGAUGGUUUGCCUCUCAAAGUCCAGGAUUCAAAAGGGAAGGAAUGGAUGUUUCAAUUCCGAUUUUGGCCCAACAAUAACAGCAGAAUGUAUGUUCUAGAGGGGGUCACUCCUUGUAUACAGUCAAUGCAGUUGCAAGCUGGUGACGUAGUAACAUUUAGUCGGAUAGAGAGCAAAACUGUCCACAAUGCCAAAACCAUGAAGGUUGCUCUGUCCUGCAGCUUGGAACAUUUUUGGCUGGGGCAUUAUUAGCAGAAACAAAUUUCCGAACACAGAUUGAAGCUGAUAUAAGGCCAUUUAGAGGCUUGCUGCUUAGGUUAUUUUUUGUUACUACUGGCACUUCCAUUG